AUGGCUGCCGGCGAGCAGCAGCAGCAGCAGCCCGCCACCGCGCGGAUCUCCUCGUCCUCAGCCGGCUCCGGAAGGCUCGUCACUCCGUUCUGGAAAGAGAAGUAUGAGAGGGACGCGAGGAGGUAUUGGGACAUCUUCUACAAGCGCCACGAGGACAAGUUCUUCAAGGAUCGACACUACCUGGAUAAAGAAUGGGGGAAAUACUUUGAGGGACGGGAUGGAGAAAAGAAGGUGGUUCUAGAGGUUGGUUGUGGAGCUGGGAACACAAUCUAUCCGUUGCUUUCUACAUAUCCAGAUAUUUUUGUCCAUGCCUGUGAUUUUUCUCCUCGAGCUGUCGAUUUGGUCAAGAAACACAAGGACUUCAAACCUGACCGGAUAAAUGCAUUUGUUUGUGAUAUUGCAUCAGAACAACUAACCGAGAAUAUGGAACCUUCUUCUGCUGACAUUGUUACGAUGAUCUUUAUGCUUUCUGCAGUUGCACCAGAUAAAAUGCCUAUAGUUCUGGAGAAUGCUAGAAUUGUCCUAAAACAUGGUGGUCGUGUUCUCUUUCGGGACUAUGCCUUCGGUGACCUUGCACAGGAAAGGCUUAUGUCAAAGGGACAGCAAAUAAGUGAGAACUUCUAUGUCAGAGGUGAUGGUACGCGUGCAUAUUACUUUUCAAAUGAAUAUCUGGUGGAUUUAUUUACAAAAUGUGGAUUUACUCUUGAGGAAAUAUGUGUGCACAACAAGCAAGUUGAAAACCGUUCACUGGAGUUGGUGAUGAACAGGAAUUGGGUCCAAGCUACCUUCACCCUAAAUUCAGCUAGUCCUCAAGGUCCAAAUGGUCAACACGAUCUCCUUGCUUGUGAAGGAGAGGAGGAUAAGCUAGCUACUGGAACAUCUAAGAAGAAAAGCAGCAGUGAAGAAAUCGAUCUUUCUGAAGAUUUUUGCAACAUGUUUGGGACAUCACACAGCCUUGAUGAGGUACAAAUCAUUGGGAUCAAAGCAAAAUGUCACGACUUCAAAAUAAGGAUGCUCAGGAAGGAAUACCAGCACACGUGCAAAUCAACUGGCUUAAUGCUUUGGGAAUCUGCUCAAUUCAUGUGCUCUGUUUUAGCAGAGAAUCCUUCCAUUGUUGCAGGCAAAAGGGUCCUGGAGUUGGGCUGUGGCUCAGCUGGCAUCUGCUCGAUGGUUGCUGCAAGUUUCACUCAGUUUGUUGUAGCUACAGAUGGGGAUGAAGAAUCACUGGACCUCCUUAGACAAAAUAUCUCUUCGAAUCUGGAGCCUAAUUUGCUGAGCAGAAUUAUGAUUAGGAAGUUAUUUUGGGGCAACAAAGAUGAUACGAAGGCAGUCGGAGAGCUUCCCGGUAAUGGCGCAGGUUUUGAUUGCAUAAUAGGCACCGACGUGACCUACAAUCCUGAUGCUAUACUCCCUCUCUUCGUGACUGCGAGGGAGCUGAUUUCUGACAAAGCUAACAAGGAUUCAGUCCCUGCUCUUAUUCUUUGCUACAUCCAGCGACGCGUUGAUGAGGACUCCAUCCUUUCUAAUGCAACGUCCCAGGGUUUCAGGCUUGUGGACAAAUGGAUAAAUGGAGUUCAUGGGAGUAAUGGUAUCAUCAGUUCUUGGUUCUCUGGUAAUGAUGUCUGCAGUGCUUUCCGGCAUACAGUACUUUCAAUAUUGUACUUCGAGCUGUGA